UAAACCCCCACCUGCCCCACCUGAGCCUGUCUACCUGAGGUCUACCAGCACAUCUUUGACUGUGAGACUUGAACCAGUUGUGGCCUAUUCAUCUCCCCUCUCACUCUACCAGAUCAUGGUUGAGAAAAUUAACAUGGCGGUCAGGAAGAGGAGAGAGGCUGGGGUCAACGGUUAUUUGAGUGCUCAGCUACAAGCCAGUGCUUUCAACUCUACACGUGAGUUCACAGUGGGAGAUGGGAAGGUGUGGGGAGGUAUAACCAAUCAGGUGCUACAGACCAAUCAAUACUACAUGGUUUAUUUUGUUGUUGUGAGCACAGUUGGCAGCAGUGCAAAAACAAAUUCAUCCCAGUUACCACAGCCAGUGUUUACUGUGCCUUAUGAACGAGACGCUGCUAGGAAUUUAACAUUAGUUUCAUUUUCAACUUCAUCAAUGUGUGUUAAUCUAACAUGGCUACCUCCAGCUGAAUAUAAGCUCAUAUUGACAAAAUACAUGAUCCAAAUGUCAUCAACAUCAAAUAUACAGCAGCAGCUACCCUCUGUCACCUUAAGCCCAGCUGUGAGUGAGUACAGCACUUGUCAGCUGAAGUCAGGCACAGAUUAUGUCAUGACCCUGAGAGGAUUUGGUGGUUCUUGGGUGGUCAGCUAUUUCAAUUUGACUUUCAAAACAGAGCGUCAGCCGGUACCACCAGCCCCUGAACCACCAACAUUUCUACGCUCUGAUUACACAACAAUUACAGUCAACAUUAGGCCAGUUACUUCCCCUGCUGUGAGGAUUACCCAGUACCAAAUCAAGGUUGAAAAGCUGACAACUGCCACUACAAGACCUGAAGCAGGUGUGCCCGGUUAUGUAGCAACUGAGUACCUGACUGACGCCUUCACCAAACAGGAGACAUUUGUAGUGGGAGAUGGGAAGACCUAUGGCCAGUAUCUCAACAAGGCACUGGAUGCCAAUAUGUUCUACAACAUACACAUGGUGUCUAUGUUUGUAACAAAUGACAGCACCACGUACAACUGGACCACCACGUCAGCAUUUGCUGCCCCGUAUGAAGCUAACAAGCCACUAACCCUAUCUGUGACCCAAAUCUCACGUACAGUCACCUGUCUCGAGGUCGCCUGGUCUUCACCUGACCAAAUGGCCAGUGUCCUUACAUCAUUCAAUAUAGAAUCUGUGAGCAUCUCAAACAAAAGUGAACCUAAGACAUCAGAAACUCUGGCACCAUCAGACAGGAGCCAUCAGAUCUGCCAGUUAAGGUCUGCCUCACAGUACAAUGUUACCAUCUCUGGCUUUGCUCGUCCAUGGGUUGUUGCCCUUGGCUCAGGAAUUUUUUCCACUGGAGCCCACACCAACCCACCUGCUCCCCCUCCUCCUGUGUUGAUAACAUCAACAUCAACAACCAUCAAGGUGGCCAUAGAGCCUGUGACAUCAUCAUCAUCUGCCCCUAUUACAUCCUAUGUUUUAAUGGUGAAGAGCAUGGGCACAAGGCAGAAAAGGUUGGCUGGAGUUCAAGGUUACGAGACAGCUGAGCUACAGCCCCAAGACCUGACGACAAGGCGAGAGUUUACAAUAGGGGAUGGGGCCAUGUGGGGCAGCUACAGGAAUAAGCCCCUAGAGAGGUAUACAGAGUACCAGAUUUACUUUGUGACAGUGAGUGCCAUACCUGAUAGCACCACCUACAGCUUCUCCAGCAUGAGUGAGCCAGUGCUGACACCCCUCCUUGAUGUGAGCAUCACGUCAUCUACAGAUGUCACUCUGGCAUUUAGAAACGAGACUUGCUUGAAUGUCACUUGGCUGGUACCACCAGAGGCUGCUAGCAUCAUCACAAGUUUUCAGAUCCAGUUUGGUAAAACAGGGGCCGAUGCUUCUUUCAUUACACGGAACUUAACUCAAAAUUAUCGCAAUGUAUUUUUUUGUGGCCUGCUCUACUAUACAAACUAUACUACUGUCAUCAAGGCGUUUGUUGGACAAAUAGUUCUUUACACAUCUUCAGCUGUGUUUAGCACACUUCACGACAAGCCCCCAGUCCCAGCUGCCCCUGUGCUAGUGAGCUCAACCAACACCUCCAUCACCGUCACACUGAAGCCGGUCCAGUCACCCUCAGCCCCUGUUACAUCUUACAUAGUCGUCAUUGACAAGGUGACUAGCACCAGCAGUCGCCAAAAGCGGGCCAUAGCGUUUACUGUAGGAAACACCACAGCAGAACUCAAAUCAUCUGAGUUGACGAAACCCUUGGAUUUCACCAUUGGGGAUGGGGGUGUGUACGGUGGGAUUGUGAAUAGACCAUUGGAUCCUGCAACUUUUUAUAAUGUUUAUUUUGUUGCCCUCAGUGUCUUUGGUGGUGUUACUAAAUAUAGCUUUACUAAACUCUCUACUCCAGUCAAAACUGUUUUUUACGUAGCUCCAAAAAUGAUGGGGGAGGGUGGGGGUAGUUCUGGGGAAGUGAUAGGUAUUGUGGUUGGUUGUCUGAUUCUUGUGGCGCUGGUUCUGGCAGCGACUGCAGGUUAUAUUUUUUGGAGAAGGAAACAUAAAAAAGUGAAUAAAAAAGAAUCGGAACAGUUUCAAGCCCCAAGAUCUAAUGACGAUAUCUCUUUAUAUAACAACAUUACACUGACUCCUACUGAUUUGAUACAGGAGAGUCCAAAAUCAGGGGAGGGAAACAUCUCAUGGAAUUUAACUCCCCUUAAGGAGCAGUCAUUGAAGUUGCCAGAGCAACCUGCUAUUAAAAUGCCAGAACAAUUCUGGAGUAAGACUUACAGUUUCCAAGAGAAUCGACGUAUCAUUAAAGAAGGAAGAAAUGGUACAGCAGUUCCUAACCAGAAUGUUUACAAAAUACCCGAAGCAACUGAAAAUGAAAUCUCCAUCAGUGAUGAAUUUCUCCAACUACGCACCAAGCCCAGUCAAGCUGUGACCAGCGUGGCUUACCUGAACAAAGAUCUGAACAGGUUUCCACGUCUGCUGCCAUAUGACCACAGCCUGGUCAAGCUGGCCAGUGACGCCAGUUCUGACAGCAACUACAUCAACGCCAGCUUCAUGCCGGGCUACAAGAGAACUCCAGUCUACAUCGCUGCCCAGAGUCCAUAUGACCCAGUUACUGUACUGGACUUUUGGAGACUCAUAUAUCAAAGAUCACUGAAAACAAUUGUGAUGUUAACAAACUUGAGGGAGGGCAGGAUCGUCAAGUGCUCCCAGUACUGGCCUGACAUGUGUGAGGACACCUUAGGUCACUUGACAAUACGGGUCAUGAGUGUCCAGGUGUAUACUGAUUACACCCUCAGGACCCUGGGGGUCAAACAGUCAGGGGAGGAGUUCCAUGUGGUCCAGCAGUUCCAGUACACGUCCUGGCCGGAGCACGGAGCGCCAGAUGACCCCAUUCCUUUGUUGGACAUGCUGUACAAAGUGAGGGCCCACCACAGUAAAGAUCCUACCCCUAUCCUGGUCCACUGUGGUACAGGCAUUGGCCGGAGUGGUGUCUACAUUGCUAUUGAUACUUUAAUUGAACAGUUUCAAGAAGAAGGGAGUGUCAAUGUGUUUCAGUGUGUGCACAAAAUGAGAAAAGAUCGACCAUUUAUGGUGCGCACAUUAAAAGAGUAUGUCUUCAUCUAUGCAGCACUGCAUGAGAACUUUUUUGCUGGUGCUACCACAUUUGGGAGUGAAUUUAAAUCUGUGAUCAACAACUGGAGGAGGAAAAAUCCUGAAACAGGAAAGACUUUUCUGGAGGAGCAGUUUGAAUGCUUGCAGAUGCCUCCAAUGAAGUCUUGCAUUAAAGGUUUAAACCAAGACAUCAGCUCACAAGUUAGCUUGGAUUUCUCUAGCUCAAGCUCUUCCAGCUAUUCUUCCAGCUCCUGGAAUGUACACAACCCUUUUGCUGAGACAGUCGCCAUUGAUGGGCUGCUGGAGCCUGGCCAGUACAAGUUAACAAACUGCUCACAGUUUGCAAACCCUCGGGACUUUGUCCACUUCCUACUCCACAACAACAUCGCCACCAUCAUCGCAUUCAGGGAUUCUCAAACUGUUCCUUUCAUUGAGAAACAUCGGCUCCGUGAUUUCAACAUGGUUGUUUGUCAGCCACCAAAAGAAAACAUUUUAAACAACUUUGUGGUUACUGAUAUUGUGGUGAACAAUGUCGCAGUUCGGCUGUUUGAGGUCAAUGCAGAGAUGGCGUCUAAUGAGGUCAAGUUCACGGAGACCAUGAUGGCCAACCUAAUCGCAGAAGUUUUUGCCUGGCAGGAUGAUAAGAGACGGGAGGCCGUGCUGGUUACUGGUGCCAGAUUUCCUGAGAUUUUCAUUCCUCUGGCUCUCUUCUGUGAGAAGAUAAAGAUGGACAAGAGUGGAGAUCUUUUUAAAAUUAUUAGACAUUGUAAAUACAACAACCUACAGUGCCAAUUUAAUUAUGAUCAGUACAUCUACUGUUACAAAACCAUUUGGACCUUCAUGAGAAAGUUUGUGGGAUAAGUCAAUGUCCUCACAUCUGGGAAAAUGAAAUAGUUUUCUUUAACCAAGUUUGAGAUUCAUUUUUUUGUAUUUAAAAUGUUAAACUACAUUUAGUAUCACUUAUAUUAAAGUUACUCUUUCAAACCUG